UACGAGAGGGGAUGAAGCUAUGUCGGUGACGUCAAUUCUCGGUGAGCAUAGCGCCUCAUGUCACAGAAUCCUUUCUGGCUUUCAGAAGACCAGCAAGCUAACAGACUCGACGACUAUCCAACACGAAGCAGCACUUCUCAGCGACGUCGUAUUAUCAUUAUUUAAUGGCAAUGUGAAGGGUGGAAGGGUGGAUAUCAGCAAGAGAUAAUGAUUACAGAGCAGACUUGGAGCAUGAUGCUGGACAGUGAUGUCACUGGCAUCAAUGAACUGGGCAUUUCACCAAGAAAACAAUUAUGGAUUAAAGCGGUGAAGAAAUUGACAUCUGAGAGACUUGGACGGGAGGGUCUCGCUGCUUGGGAGGACAGAAAGUUAAACGCAGACCCGGAAGCGCUGGAGUCGAAGGGAACGGAAAAGGAAAUUGGUCCGAGUAACGCAGAAACGGAACCGGAAGUUCCUGUGGCACCACAACCGGUAGCCGAGGAAGAACCUCCAAUGCAGAGAGAUGUUUUCAAAAAGGGUGUUCUCUACAAGGGAAUAUUUUGUCCUUCGCUCAGCAAUAGUUUUCAUAGUCAACAGCUGGAAACGUCGUAUCUGCAUUAUUCAAAUCGUCAGCGGCAAAAGUCUUUGAUAAUGCUCAACAUCGUUGAUCUAUUUUUAAAGAUAGCACUAAUCUCUAUAUGGCUCUGGAGAAGAAAUGAGACUAACAGCGACGGUCUCAUCGAGUCUUUAUCCUGGACAGUGUGCUGUAUGGCAGCAAAUAUAAUAAUAUGUGUUCUGGGUUGCUGGCGAUGUUUCUCAAACAAUUAUCUCUACUGGGCUUCUAUCUUUACCUGGUUAUUAAUAAACUCACAAGGAUUUAUAGGAGCAGGUCUGAAUUUUUCUAGUCAGCAACGACUAAUGUGGUACAUAUUAUUCGUUGUGUAUGCCCCUUAUGCCAUGUUACCAUUACCAUUAAGAUGGUGCGUGCUGGCAGGAUUUGGCACAGCCCUUACACAUACAGCAAUGGCGAUAGCAACUCUCUUGGCAAAUUCAACCUACGAACUAGCAUGUGUCGCUAGGAUGUUGUCGACCAAUGUGCUCCUCUACGUCGCUGUUAAUCUAGCAGGGAUGUACACAAAGUACUUAACGGAUCGUGGUCAAAGGCAGGCCUUUUUAGAGACUCAUCGAUCCAUGGAAACUCGACAGCGUACGCAGAGUGAAAAUAAUCGUCAGGAAAAGUUACUUCUAUCAGUCCUGCCAGAUUUCGUCGCCAAGGAGAUGAUACGCGACAUCGCCAGGGAAACCGAACGUGGUGGAACAAUUUCGUUCACGCCAAAUCAAUUUCACAGGAUUUACAUACAUCGCUAUGAAAAUGUCAGUAUACUGUUUGCAGACAUCAAAGGAUUUACAGCACUUGCCAGUCAGUGUAGUGCGCAGGAAUUGGUCAAAGUGCUGAAUGAUCUCUUUGCAAGAUUCGACAGACUGUCAUCUGAGAAUCAUUGUUUAAGAAUUAAACUUCUUGGUGACUGUUACUACUGCGUUUCCGGUUUGCCAACUGCCAGAGUUGAUCAUGCGCAUUGCUGCGUUGAGAUGGGAUUACAUAUGAUCAAAGCAAUCAGGGAUGUUCGUUAUACUACAAAGGUGGAUCUCAACAUGAGAAUAGGAAUACACAGUGGAUCUGUACUCUGCGGAGUCCUUGGUUUAAGGAAAUGGCAAUUUGAUGUAUGGUCCUAUGAUGUUACGCUUGCUAAUCAUUUGGAAAGUGGUGGGAUUCCAGGGAGGGUUCAUAUAUCUUCUGAUACAUUGAAGUGUCUCAAUGAUGUUUAUGAAGUAGAACUAGGAUGUGGUACAGAGAGGGAUAAUUAUUUGAAGGAUAGAAAUGUGGUGACUUACUUGAUAAAGCAGACAGAGCCUCUCAGAUCAAGGAGACGAUAUUCGUCUCGUCCAAAAAUUUGGAGCGAGGAUGAUUCAGGCAAUAGGAGUAAGAAGAGUUUUAAAUUGAAUAAUCCCUUAUCGGCAAAUAGUAAUCCAAGUUCUUUGGAGGACGAUAUAGGGGUUGAUUGGACACCAGAAAUUCCAUUUGAGAAUUUAAACAGUGCUACUUCGAUGAGUAAUUUAGAAUCUGAAUACCUGGAGGAGGAAAAUGGUACAAGCAAAAAUUCAAAAACUCCUUGCAGUGCAGCUAGUGAGAAAUUGGCAAAGGCUUCGGAUGCUCUGGAAUCAGCCAGUAAUAAAAGGAUGAGAUCAGCCAAUAUAAAUGCAUGGACACUCCGUUACAAUGAUGAGAGUCUAGAAUCACAGUUUGGACAGCUGCGAGAAGAUAUGUUCAAAUCCAACAUGAUAUGCUGCUUCGUCAUUUGGCUUUUCAUUGCAAUUUGUCAAGCAGUGAUACUUCCUAGCUGCACAAUACUGUUGAUAUCUUUACUCUUGACUACGUUGAUCCUUGUGGGAGCUUCAAUCCUGGUAAUGGCAGAAGAAUUCAAAAGUCUUCCAACGUAUCUUCAGCAUUCCUCAUCGAUGCUAGUCCACAAUAAGCAGCACAGGACGAUCUUCAUUUGCAGUGUGAUAUCCUUAAUGGCAGCGACCUCGUUAAUAAUCGUCACAGCAUGUCCCUCAGGUGGCGAUUGUUCAGGAAAAACCUUGGAAACAUCCUUUAAAUAUCCAAGAGCAGCAAUAAUGACAUCAUCCUCAAGAAUAAUAACAGGCACAACGACCGAGCAACCAGAGACAUCCUCCACGACGAUGAGUCUAAACGAGCUCAUCCUUGGUUUCCUAGCAGCUGCACUCAGGGAAGACAUCAACAGGGAUAACUUCACGGAGAGUAGUAGGAAUCGGUCUAAGAGUGAUCCCCAAGAGUCCAGGGAUAUCGAGGUGAAGCUGACUCACAUCGUGAAUGGAAAAGCGAGCCUCGCUAAGAGACGAACCAGGCAAGAGUUCUUCCGGUUUUACAGAUACGAGAAGCACUACGGUACCACUGCGAGGAGACAUUACAGAAGGUUCGCGAGGAACCGAGGUAAGGAUGAUCAGAGGAUGAUUACUUUGAGGAAGGUCUUGUCAAUCCAGGAAGAUAUGAAGCCCAUCGAGCAGCUGGACAUUUGUCAAACUGGAAAUUGUUUUCAUCCUGAGUACAUUGUAUUUACUUGGAUCUUAUGUCUGAUCGCACUGGCUUCGGCUUUGAAGCUUUAUUACCUAGUGAAAACUGCCCUGGCCAGCAUCAUUGUGGCUGUCUAUACUGUACUCAUCCUGGUAUUGAAACCAGAAUUAUUCUCAGAACAUUCCCUGGAGGAGAGUAUUAAUAUUUUCAGGACCAACACACCCUUAUCGGCACAGAUGCUGAUAUUUCUGGUAGUGUUCCUGGUGAUGGUUACCUAUCACGGUCGUCUAGUGGAAGUUACAUCCAGGUUGGAUUUCUUGUGGAAGCAACAAGCAGAAAGGGAACUGGGUGAUAUGAUAGAAUCCAGACAUAAUAAUAUGCAAUUAUUGAAAAAUAUUCUGCCUGAUCAUGUGGCUCAUCAUUUUUUAACUCAGGACAGAGCACCGGAGGAAUUGUAUUCGCAAUCGCGUGACAAGGUGGGUGUUAUGUUUGCCAGUGUACCCAAUUUUACGGAAUUCUACUCAGAAGAUGUGAAUAAAGGAAUGGAAUGUAUUAGACUACUCAAUGAGAUAAUUGCUGAUUUCGAUGAAUUGCUGGAUGAGACAAGGUUUCAUUGUAUUGAGAAAAUUAAGACUGUGGGAGCCACAUAUAUGGCUGCAUCUGGACUCAAUCCCUGUCAAAAUGAUAAAACUACAGAUGAUAUGGAACAUCUGUGUCGUCUAGUAGACUACGCAGUAGCAAUGAGGCAGAGAUUGGAGGAUGUCAAUGUACAUUCAUUUAAUAACUUUGACCUUCGAGUAGGAAUAAGUUGUGGUCCUUUAGUGGGAGGAGUAAUUGGUGCACGAAAGCCAGUUUUUGAUAUUUGGGGUAAUACAGUAAACGAGGCAUCGCGUAUGGACUCGACAGGUGUCAUGGGAAAGAUUCAAGUACCACGAGAUAUAGCUAGGUUUCUAGAGUCCAGAGGAUAUCAAACACAAAAAAGGGGCCUGAUCGAGGUCAAAGGAAAAGGUACCAUGGAAACUUACUUUGUACUUGGAAAAGGUACUAUACACCAGGAAGGUACAGCGAGACAUACAAGUAGCUGUAGAAGUCUGGCUGCUGUGGUCUACGGAGUAGUGCAAGCAAGGAGGAAACAGACAAGGGCACUUAGGAGAACCUAGGGAACAUCCUCCUGGAGAAAAUCCAUAGAUGAAAAAGAGAGAAAAUGACAAAGACAAUGAGAAUCAAAAAAUAAAUAUACAUGAUAGGAAUCCUCGUUCACUAGGGGCUGUGCAAGUGUUAAUUAUUUCAUAAUAAUGAGAGGAAUAAUACAGUUAUUAUGUAAGAAUAUCGAUUAAGAGGAUUUUAAGGACAGAAGAAAAAUAUGAUAAAAAAAAGCCCAACAGAGGAUGAAAUUCUCUUUGUAUAUUCUCCAGGAGGGAAAUCAAAUAUCAACGUCUUCGUACCUUCGCAAUAAUUAUUACGUGUGAACUUUAAAUAUAUCAAUUUAUUCGCUACGAUUGGUCAUUAAAUAAAAUUUCAUAUAGGUACUAUUACAGUA